UCUCAAACUGACACUUUUAUUAUUCACUAGAUUGGACAGUGCAAACGGUGAUAUGCAAACCUGCUGCCAUGUCAGUCCUGUACAUUCUCUGUUAAACUGGACUCUUUUUCAUACGAAUGAAAACCAUAAGUAUUUUGAAGCCAUGAGGAUAUCUUCUUAUCUAUUGUCUCAAUCAGAGCUUGGUGCGGGGCUUCCUGUUUUGCUUCAAGGAAAUGGCUUUGCUUUGUCACACCCUUGGGUAUAUAAGGAGUCCUUGGGGCUCCUGUUGAAUGCCAGAUUCCCAUUGUGCCUCAAGAGCUACUUUGAAAGAGCCAAAAGAAUUCACCAGCAGAUAUGAUGGCCUUCAAAGUUCUCUCUCUCCUUCUGGUCUCCCUUAGCUUUGUGCUGAUGGAGGAGAAUGGUACCAGGGACAACACAAAGAAUUCUAGGUUCCUCAAUAGAAGGUAUUCAGAAGGAACCUUAGCGAGCGAUUACAGCCGAACCUUGGACAACAUGCUGAAGAAGAACUUUGUGGAAUGGCUCUUGAACAGGAGGGAGAAUCGAAUUGAUAACAGCCUUGAGCCAUCCAAGAGAGAAGUCAAACUCCCAGCAUUGCAGGAAAGGAAUGAAGGCAUUGAAGUUGGAGCUAAGGAGGCAAAGGAGUGCAUUAGCUGGCUUUUGUCAAAUGUGGGGAGACAGAGGCUUCCUCUGCCAAAUGGUUUGGAAGACUGGAAGAACAUCUUGAAGCAAGAAUUUAUGUCUUUGCUUAUUUCUGCUGACCUUUGCAAAGCAAUGAUAAUGUAGAUUGAGGAGGAAGAUGGAUUUACUUCUACACUCUUUUUUUUGUGCUUUUUGUAAUGAGAACCAAUCAGUAAUGAUGACAUGCUACCAAGAACAAUAAAAAGUGUAUUCUCAAAUUAAAA